UCGCCGUAGCGUCAGUAUUUACGAUUCAUCUCUGGCUAUCAUCCACCGUGUUUUAACCUUCCGAUAUUGCAGACCGGAUAUGGAUAAACCAAUGAAAAUAGUAAUGAUACUAACGGUGACGUUGCAUUUUGUCCAACCUCUAUCGAUUGAACAUCCGCACAGCUACUCUCUGUUCAAACGUGGUGUCGUUCUGGGCGAUUUGACGUACAGCUACGCGGCGACCGAUAUGGGAUCGAACAAUGGUCGUGUGAAAACUGUUACUGUCAUCAAGAAUGUGUCUCUGCCUAAGCCGACCAGCACGAUUUUCAGCGAUCGUAGCGAGCAGUUUUUCGAAACCUUUGACCUAACGGGUGGCAAGAAGCACGAACAGGUUCAAUACUGGCCGGCAGAUGAUACGAACAAGCUGAAAAGGGUCACCAACAAACCGCCAUCGAUUAACGUACCCGCAACGAAGGAACAACCCAAGGAGGAAUUCAAACACCCUGCCGAGUUGCUGGAGAUAGCGAGAAGUGCAGCAAAAGCGUAUAGUAAUUCACUCAAGAGUCGUCCAAGUAAGGACACUGGUCCGGUGGUGUUCCCACCGGAUGCGCAAACAAUGAAGAAGAAACAUAGCGGAGUGAUAGGCGUCGCUAAGGAAUACACUAGCAUAUUAACAAAUGAUCAGGAAAAACGUGCAAAGCCAAAAACAGCCAGUAAACUGAACACAAAAGUUCAACCAACAAAAACAAACGAACCUGAAUUGGAGGAUGUGAAUCCGUUUGAUAGUCCUAUUUUCCGCGAUUUUCAACAAACCGAAUACGUGUAUUCUCCGGAAACAAACACAUAUAUUCUGAAGGAAGUUUCGAAACCAUCGAAAGAAAUCAAAUACAAAAUUGAGAACACACCGUAUGCAUAUAAAGAUCCCUCACAACCCAACGACAGCGCUAUUACAACUUACAACGACAACGGAAGCAUACCCGAUCUCCUCUUUUCCGAACUAGCUAAUGCGGUGGCCAGUCGAAAUAUUUCGAUGAUUAAAGCGCUGGCAGCACAACUGGGAGAGCAGUAUGAUUUUCAAAAAUACGAAUUCGAAUCACAGAAAACAGAAGCAUACGUCCCGAUGUCAUACGACGCAAGCACCAGCAGUAGCAAAGCGCCAUCCGAUCCAGAGCCAUCCACGGAAAAGGCGGAAAAGAUGGACAUUUCGGAUGAGAUAUCUACGACCGUUGAAGAACCAUCGACCACAACCAAACGGCCCAAAUACAUAGCACCACGUUUAAGGGGUAUCAAACGAUUUUCAUCUCGCAAGGUGUGAAUUCUUUUGAAUGUUAUCAGUUAUAAUUUAUUACCAUUGAAAUUUA